AUGUACAGUCUUGAACUCCAUCAAAUGGAUGUGAAAACAACCUUCUUAAAUGGAGAGUUGGAGAAAGAAAUUUACAUGGAACAAUCCGAAGGGUUUGUAGUUUCAGGGAAAGAGAAGAAGGUACUUGAAAAGUUCAAGUAUUUGGACUUUAAAGUUGCAAAGACGCCAAUUGAUAUGAACCUUGCUCUUGCAAAGAAUAAAGGUGACAGUCAUUCUCAAUUGGAUUAUGCCAGAGUGUUGGGAAGUUUGAUGUAUAUCAUGAACGGUAUCCUGCAGUUAUUGAAGGAUACAGUGAUUCAAAUUGGAUCACCGGUUCAACUGAAACUAAAUCCACAAGUGGAUACGUUUUUACCAUAG